AACUUCAAUGACUAAAUCCAACCAGGGAUGAGCUGUUCUAACAGUUUUUUUAUAUGAAUAUUAGCUGUUCAAACUUGACUUCCAAGAAGAGCAGUUAAGUUUCAGAAUUAUAGCUGAAACCAAAAAACAGAACACCAAAAUCUAGCUAAACAGCCAUGUCCAAACUCCCUCAGGACAUCAUGGUUGAUAUACUCACUUACCUACCAGUUAAGUCCCUACUACGAUUCAAGUGUGUGUGCAAGCUAUGGCAUUCGUUAAUCUCGGAUCCGAAGUUUGUGAAAUCACACCUCAAAACAGCAAGGGAAGUCAACUCUAAUAAGAGCCAGAGACUUCUCCUUUCAACCAGGACUCCUCAGUCCGUUGACUUCGAAGCAGCUAGUGAAGGUGAUGAGGAUAAUGCAGUACAGGAGCUUGAAUAUCCUGAUGUAGUAAGGUGCAGUCCUACUUACUUUAUUGGAAUUAUGGGAUCUUGCGAUGGCUUGAUUUGUUUAUUUGUUGACUAUGCAAAACUCGUCUUAUGGAAUCCAUCUACUAGAGAUUACAAGGAAAUGCCAAAACCCAGUUGUGAUCAUGGCUUUGAUUUCUUUGCUGGAAUUGGUUAUGAUUCCUCUAAUGAUGAUUAUAAAUUUGUAAUUCCUAGCUGCACUACGGCUGAUGGUUCUGAACAAAUUAUGGUUGAAGUUCUUACAUUGAAAACCAAUGUCUGGAGAAAAGUCCCGGAGAUCUGUCAAGGUACUACCUUGGUAGGGGCUUAUCGAGGGUUAUUUUGCAAUGGGGCUGUGCAUUGGUUAGGAAAGCAAGAAAAUGGGUCUGAGAAAGAGUAUGUGGCUGUUUCAUUUGAUGUAGCAGAGGAGAGAUUCAAGGAAGUUGUGCCACUUCCGGAUCAUUUCGAUACGGUGGUUUUGGGGAUGUCAGGAAAUUCCCUGUGUGCAUUUGGUGAAUGCCAUGGAAGCUAUUUUGAGGCAUGGAUACAUGAGCAGGAAUAUGAUAGCAGUGCAUCUUUCAGAAGAUUAUUCAGGCUCCCAGCUGACAGGCUUUCUCAAGAACCUAAAGUAGUAUUGUGUUUAACAAAGAAAGGAGAACUUCUGCUUGAUUAUGAUGAAUGGCAACUAGCGUUGUACCAUCCUGUAGCAGACAAAAAUAAAUGCAUCAGGGCAUACAGAGAUAGCAAUUUAUGUGAUUUAGCAAUAUACACAGAGAGUCUAGUUUCCAUCAAUGGUGAUGACAGUAGAGACCCCAGAAGAAGAUGUUGGAGAAAAAUGGUGAUUGCCUAAGUAAUUUGUUGGAUUACUUGUUGUCUUUGUUGGUAAUUGGAUUUUUGGGACCUUUCUCAUUUGGCAUGUACAACAUUGCAUUAGUGUUCAUUGUUCAAAUAUUUUGCUUGGGUGUAGGUUGAGAUGAGCUAGCUUUUGUUAUUUAC